GGGGAGCAGCGCGGGACCUGAGGCAGACGAGGAACAAUUUGAAGAUGCCUUUGAAAACAUCCCAAAGGCAUCCCAGAUGGACUUGAAGACUGCCCUGGAGGAAUCCACAAUUGCACUGAACUUAUUCAUGAAUAACAAAUUCUCUGAAGCACUGGAGUUGCUACGACCUUGGUCCAAAACCAGCAUGUACCAUGCCCUGGGUUACAGCACUAUGCAUGCUAUGCAGGCUGCCAUGACCUUUGAGCAGCAAGAUAUUCUAUCAGCCAUCGCCACUAUGAAAGAAGCUUUGCAUACCUGUCAACGGUAUCGAAAGAAGAAUUCUGUUGUGGAAUCUUUAUCAUCUUUAGUAUCAAAGCAGGGAACCGACCAGUUGACAGAAGAGGAGAUGCAUGCAGAGAUGUGCUACGCAGAAUGCCUGCUUCAGAAGGCAGCACUGAUGUUAGUGCAGGAUGAAAAUAUGAUUAAUUUUCUUAAAGGAGGAAUCAAAAUUCGUACAAGUUACAACAUAUACAAAGAAUGCCAGCAGAUUGUGGAGAUGACACACAACCAUGUCAAAACUGAUGUCUACUCCCAGUUUGAAGGAGGUGUAAAGUUGGGGAUUGGAGCAUUUAACCUUAUGUUGUCUCUGCUACCUUCAAGAAUCCUUCGACUUCUUGAAUUUAUUGGCUUCUCUGGCAAUCGGGAGAUGGGUUUGUCCAUGCUGCGGGAAGGUGCCUCCGUCCAUAGUUUAAGAGCCGUAUUGUGUGUCUUGACACUUCUGAUGUACCAAACUUACAUCACUGUAGUCCUUGGUUCAGGCGAAGGCAAUCUCGUAGAAGCCGAAGCACUCAUUGAGCCUUACAUCGAGAAAUACCCCAACGGUUCACUUAUAUUGUUUUAUACAGCUCGGAUAAGAAUACUCAAGGGACAGUUUGAGAGCGCUCAACAGAAAUUUGAGGAAUGCAUUGCAGCACAGCAGGAGUGGAGGCAGAUUCAUCAUCUCUGUUACUGGGAGCUGAUGUGGAGUUACAUCUUUCAGCAGAAUUGGCUGAAGGCAUAUCAGUAUGCAGACCUGCUUUGCAAGGAAAGCCGGUGGUCACAAGCGAUCUACGUGUUCCAGAAAGCUGCCAUUCUCAGCAUGCUCCCUGAGGAGGAUGUGAAGAGGAUGGGAGAGGAUGUGGAAGCAAUCUUCAGACGAGUUGAAGGUUUGAAGCAACGAUUUGCUGGCAAGUCGAUACCCACAGAGAAGUUUGCAGUGAGAAAAGCCAGGCGGUACAAUUCUCCAAACCCUGUGAAACUUGUCCUGCCAUCACUGGAAAUGAUGUACGUCUGGAAUGGCUUUGCAAUCCUGGGUAAACAUGCAGAAUUGACAGAGAGGAUGCUGAUUACAAUAGAGCAAGCAGAAGCCAAAUUGAACAAAGUGCAAAACCCUACCGAAUACCAAGUCGAUGAUGAGUGUCUUGUGCAACUUCUGAAAGGGUUAUGUCUGAAGUACUUACAUCGUCCUUUACAAGCCGAACUCUGCUUCAAUCGGGUUGUACAAAGUGAGAGGAGGAUAAGAUAUGAUCACUAUUUGGUACCAUUUACUCUUUAUGAGAUGGGAUUGUUGUACAAGCAGGAAGGAGACUGGAACAAAGCCAGAAGGUUCAUUGAGACGGCAAGGAAUAACUACAAGGACUAUUCAAUGGAAUCUAGAUUACAUUUUAGGAUCCAUGCUGCAAUGAAUAGCCUAAGCAACAGCCCAAUCAUGACACCUUGAUCAUCCCUCUCGAGCAAUUCCUGAGAGUAUCAGCAAUAAACAAAUACCUGCGUACGGGUAAGAGUGAUACACAGAUCAUGGAUGGAAGAGUGCAAAAUAAGGCUGAUCUAAAAUGCUGUGUUAUUAGUUUCUGAAUGUAAUCAUGUGUCUCCUCCAAUUUGCUGUCUUACAUGUUAAGCAGGUGUUUUCUAUUGUACUGUAAGUGUUUAAUUUAGUUUGUUCCUCAAUACAAAUAAAAAACUGAGAAUUGUUCUUUAUGAGAUAGAAAUAUUUAUAGGAUAUUUGUUUUUACUUGAAAGGCAGACAUUCAUGGACAGUUGCUGGUUCAAUAAAUUUAUUUACCAAUAGGGGUAAUUUAUUUUAAUGUAGUUUUUGUGUUUAAAGAUUCUGAAUGAAGCAGGAGGAAAAAAACCUCAUCAUUAGUUAUUACAAAUCCUGUGGAAACAUAUCGUUAAUUUGGCGAACACAAAAUUAUGUAAGUGUUUUCAUCACUGGACCUGGAGGAUUAAUCACCAGAAGAACUCAAAACCUUUAUUGGAAUUGUUACGUUGCUGGUAGCUAUGAGCUUGUAAUUGUGAGUUUCAUUGUGCAGGACAACUUGUGCCUCGUUAAGUUUACUGAAAUGUGAGUUUCCUGAAGCCGGCUGGUCUGUGUCAGAAGUGACAUCAGGGUUACCUGAUGACCUAGAAAUGGGAUUGACUGCCUUGCUUUCUUUAAAGCUGGCCCAAUUUUCUGGAUCUGAAACAAUGCAUUAUACUUUGUGUGUACGUGAUCGUGUCUUGCCUUUUUAAAUGUGUACAGAUGGGGCCAUUCUCUUACAUACAAACUGCUGUUAACUUUUUCUGUAUGAUUCUCGUCUAUAGUGGCCAGUGGUUUCUUACUUCAAAAAAAUUCUAGACGUAUUGUUGAAACUAAAUCAGACUGUACUAUGUUUACGGAUAGCUUUAAAUAUGAUCUUUUCGUAGUGUCCAUUAUGGGACUAAAUGUUACACUAGGCAAAGAAUGUUACCAGGCCUAAAAGGGUUAAGUUACGAGGAAAGGCUGC